GGUAGUAUCUAUAUACAUAUAGAUACAUGCCGUCUCGUGCGCAUGACGCGCGGAGUGGACAGUCAUUAGCACGAGAGCCGCGGGCGAGGGUGGACUGUGUCACUGCUGCGCGUGCAUGUGUGAUCGAGCCGGCGUAUGCGUUAUAGUAUUACAUUAGUUUACAGUAAGGGUCCUACAUUUGGCGACGAGCUAAAAGGUUGCCCCACCUGAUCCUUGAAACAAGCACUAAGUAAUCAUGACUAAUAUGCUACCCCCACCCGAAAAAUUAGAUUUAGACGGUAAUGAUGCAUCAGUUGGUCAAAGAUGGGAGAAAUGGAAAAGAUCUUUAGAAAUUUAUUUAGACGCUGCAGAAAUUCAGACACCUGUUAAGAAAAGGGCAACACUUUUACUCCUGGGGGGUUCAGUGUUACAGGAAAUCUAUUAUAAUCUACCCGGAGCUUCUGUAGAACCAACUGAGGGCAUUGACGUAUUUAAAAUUUCUAUUCAGAAAUUGGACGAAUAUUUCCUUCCUAAGCAAAGCUGCGUUUAUGAACGUCAUGUUUUCCGGCUUAUCAAGCAGGAAGAAGCGGAGAGAUUUGAAAAAUUUCUUGUUCGAUUGAGAAAACAAGCUACAAAAUGCAAGUUUGAUAAGGUUGACGAUCAUUUAAUUGAUCAGAUAGCGGAAAAGUGUGCAUCGGUAGAAUUAAGGAAGAAAAUCCUAACCAUUGGCGAUGACAUUACUCUCGAAAGAAUUGUAACAGAAGCAAACACUUUGGAAGUGGUCAAACAACAACUAGACGACUACGAAGAAAAAACGAAAAGAAUCGAUAUUAAUCAGAUAGGUAGCAAAGAUGGAAAAAUCACAAAGAAAACAGACAAGAUGUGUGGCAGAUGCGGAAAUACAAAACACGAUUCACAAUAUAGUCUAUGUGUAGCAAAAAAUCAGAAAUGCCACUCGUGCGGUAAAAUUGGACAUUUUGCACGAUGGUGCAGGAGUAGAAAAGAUCAGAAAAGGAAGCUCGAAGAUACAGAAAUUAAAACAAAAGGAGCAGAUAAACCAAGUGAUUCUAAGAAAGCGAGAAAAGAUGGAAGAGUAAAUUUUGUUGAAAAGGACGUUGAAUAUGUUUUUAAUAUUUACAAUGAUGAUGAAACUUCUGUAAAGUGUAUGAUUGGAGGAGUAGUCGUGGACAUGUUGGUUGACUCAGGAUGUAAAGUUAAUUUGAUUUCUGAUAAGACUUGGUAUAGUUUGAAGAAACAAAAUAUAAAAGUAUCCAAUCAAAUUCAAAAGCCUAAUAAAAGACUAGUACCGUAUGGAAGUGAAAUACCUUUAAAUGUUGCGGGAUCAUUUGAAGCAAUAAUAAGUACAGGAAUUAAAGAAACAAUAGGUACAUUUUAUGUUAUUAACGGAGGAACAAGGGAUUUGUUAGGAAAAGAUUCAGCUGUUAAGUUAAAUGUUUUGAAAAUUGGAUUGGGCAUUAAUCAAGUAGAGGCUAAAGAAUUUCCAAAAUUUAAAAAUGUUUUAGUUGAGAUUCCUAUAGAUGAUACUAUAAAACCUGUGGUUCAACCAUACCGCAGGAUACCUAUACCACUUGAGCAAAAAGUAAAUGAAAAAAUUCAGGAACUGCUAGACUGGGAUAUAAUCGAAGAAGUGUCACAACCAUCAAGAUGGGUUUCACCGGUCGUUCCAAUUCUUAAAGAGAACGGAGAAUUGCGCCUUUGUGUUGACAUGAGACGAGCAAAUGCCGCUAUACUUAGGGAAAAUCAUCCCUUACCGACCAUGGACAAUUUACUCCCAAAGAUUGGUAAUGCUAAGUUCUUUACGAAAAUUGAUAUUAAAAAUGCAUUUCACCAACUUGAACUGCAUCCGGAUUCCAGACAUAUCACUACAUUUAUAACAUCGCGGGGGUUGUUCCAGUACAAGCGUUUGAUGUUUGGAAUAACGUGCGCCCCAGAAAUAUUCCAGAAGACCUUGGAAAGGAUGAUUAUUCAUUGUGAAGGAGCAGUCAAUUUUAUUGACGAUAUACUUAUUUAUGGAAGUACUGAGACGGAACAUGACCGGCGCGUAGAACAAAUACUGAAGGUAUUAAAUGAGAACAACGUGUUGCUAAAUGAAAAUAAAUGUAUUAGGAAAGUUCAAGUAGUUAAUUUUCUCGGACAUGAGUUAAGUGCAAAUGGAGUCAAACCAUUAAAGAAGUAUAUAGAUAGCAUCGACAAUUUUGGGAUUCCAAAAACGAUUGAAGAAUUACAGAGCUUUUUGGGUUUAAUAAAUUAUAUUAAUAAAUGGAUACCUAACCUAGCAACAACUACAGAACCGUUAAAACAACUAUUGCGGAAAAAAUUAGGCAAAAAUGCUGGGUUAGAGAAAUAUUGGAAGAAAGAACAGAAAGAAGCUUUUGACUUAGUAAAAAAGGACUUAUCACAAUUAAAGUCUCUUGGGUACUAUAGCGUGAAAGAUAAAAUACAAGUGAUUGCCGAUGCCAGUCCGGUGGGCAUUGGAGCAGUUUUGGUACAAAUAAACUCUAGAGGUCCACGAAUUAUAGCCUAUGGCAAUAAAACGUUAACUGAUUGCGAGCGAAGGUACAGUCAGACAGAGAAAGAAGCGCUAGCCUUGGUUUGGGCUGUUGAACAUUUUAACAUCUUCCUAUAUGGCAAAGAAUUUGAUCUGAUAACCGAUCAUAAACCCUUAGAGGUUAUAUUUGGGCCCAGAUCUAAACCCUGUGCUCGCGUGGAAAGAUGGGUUUUGCGUUUGCAAUCUUAUCGAUACAAAAUUAAAUAUCAAUCUGGCAAAUCAAACAUUGCUGAUCCACUGUCACGUCUUUGUCAUCAAAAUGCUACCUCUUAUUUAGGAAAGGAUCAGCAUGUUUACCAAAUUGUUGAACAAGCCAGACCAAAGGCUGUUUCCAUGUACGAUAUUGUUGAACAUUCGGUUAAGGAUUUAGAAAUCAAAAACGUGAAGAACGGUAUCUAUAAAAAUAUUUGGGAUGAUAACGUUAAAGCAUACAAAAUUUUUGAAAGUGAACUAUGUUUCUAUGAUGAUGUUCUUUUAAGAGGCAAUCGCAUAGUGAUACCUGUUUCACUACGAAAGGAAGUGUUAGAUUCUGCGCACGAAGGGCAUCCUGGGAUUGCAGCGAUGAAAGGUCGACUAAGAUCUAAAGUGUGGUGGCCACGAAUAGAUCGAGACGCGGAAAGCGUUGUUAGGGGUUGUAAGGGAUGCACCUUAGUAGGUGCACCAAAUCCGCCAAUGCCAAUGAAAAGGCGUGAAUUACCUUCAGCACCUUGGGUGGAUGUAGCUAUUGAUCUUUUAGGUCCAUUGCCCAGCAAUGAUUAUCUUUUGGUGAUUAUUGACUACUACAGUCGAUACAAAGAAAUCAAAAUUACAAAAUCUAUCAUGAGUUCGCAGAUUAUCAAGAUCCUUAAAGAAAUUUUUAGUAGAUUGGGCUAUCCUGUCAGCAUUACUGCUGACAACGGCCGCCAAUUUAUCAGCACCGAAUUCAGAUCAUUCUUACAAGAAUGUAACAUUACCCUUUAUAAUACAGUUCCCUAUUGGCCUCAGCAGAAUGGAGAAGUUGAGAGGCAGAAUCGUGAUAUUUUAAAAAGGUUGAAAAUAGGACACAUAGAAAAGAAGGAUCUGAGAGAAAGUCUCUACGAAUAUCUUCUAAUGUAUAAUGCUACUCCGCAUUCAGUUACGGGAAAAUCUCCUUCAGAGCUAUUCUUCAAGAGACAGUGUCGAGAUAAAAUUCCAUCAAUAAGAGAAAGAGAACUUGAAGAUGAUUCUGAAGUUAGAGAUAAAGAUAAAGAGCAGAAGGAGAGAGGAAAGGAAUAUGGUGAUAAGAAAAGGCGUGCAAAAGAAAGUCAACUAGUAGAAGGAGACAAAGUGUACGUCAAAGAAAUGGAAUCCAAUAAAUUAAGUUUAAAUUACAACCCUACACCACAUGUUGUGGAAAAUCGUAGUGGUGGAGAUGUGACAGUUAGGAAUGAAGAGACUGGACAGACAUUAAGACGAAACGUAGUACAUUUAAAACGAGUUGAAGGCAAAUGGACAUCAAUCACAGAUAAUGAAAAUGAAGAUAUUGAGAAUUUGUAAUAUUGUUUCACAUAUACAUUGAUGUAAUUAAUAAACAAGUGAUUUAAAUUAAAACAAAAUCUUUUAAUAUGAAAAGGAUGUAGUGUUUGUGGUAGUAUCUAUAUACAUAUAGAUACAUGCCGUCUCGUGCGCAUGACGCGCGGAGUGGACAGUCAUUAGCACGAGAGCCGCGGGCGAGGGUGGACUGUGUCACUGCUGCGCGUGCAUGUGUGAUCGAGCCGGCGUAUGCGUUAUAGUAUUACAUUAGUUUACAGUAAGGGUCCUACACAACUGAUUGCUGAAAUACAGCUGUCAUAAACCUAGUUCAGCAACAGAAGCUACAGCAAGG